GCCUGAAAGUGCCGAGUAAUUGCUGAUUAAGUCCUCCCUUCUUUGGACAAAAUGUAGCCUUUCCCGGUUUUUCCUGCUAACCCGAUUAGUAGGCGGAUCCAGGCAGCGUGUUUUUAUAUAAUUAGACAUUCCAAUAGGGAGAAUGAUGUGGAGGCUGUAAUUAUAGAUGGCUUCUUGGAAGAGAAAGAAUUUAAGCAUUAUUUGGUUAUAUUGCAUUUUCCUAGGUGGCCAAAAGUUUUCUGACAGCCUUUAAAGAAUGCUUAGUGAGAGAAAAUAAUAACCAUCAUGUGAACAACGCAUUGUGCCAGGUCUUUGAUUCGAGUUUUAUAUAAUUAUCAAAACAACUCUGGGGUAAUUAUUAUAGGACUCACAGAUUCCCUUAGUAGUCAACUCCACUGUCUUGCCUUUAUGUGGUAAGAAAUCUUUUCAGUAGUUCCCUCUGUGUAUAAUACAUUUCUAAUUCUCCAUUAAAAACGAACAGCAACUACCUUCUCUACUCUCUGUGUCUUCUGGGCCAUAAUGGCAGUCAAGUGGACUGGUGGACAUUCUUCACCUAUUCUCUGCCUGAAUGCAAGUCAAGAAGGCCUAGUCGCUUCUGGAGCAGAGGGUGGUGAUCUUAUGGUUUGGGGUGAAGAUGGGACUCCAUUAGGACAUAAACGCUUCCAAGGGGCUGAUGAUGUUACCAGUGUCUUAUUCUCUCCCUCCUGCCCCACUAAGCUCUAUGCUUCACAUGGAGAAACCAUUAGCUUACUGGAUGUCCGGUCACUCAAAGGUUCCUUGGACCAUUUUCAUGUGAAUGAAGAAGAGAUCAAUUGUCUCUCAUUGAAUGAAACUGAAAACCUGCUGGCUUCUGCCGAUGACUCCGGAGCAAUCAAAAUCCUAGAUUUGGAAAAUAAGAAAGUUAGCAGAUCACUGAAGAGACAUUCCAAUAUCUGUUCUUCGGUAGCUUUUCGGCCUCAAAGACCUCAGAGCCUGGUGUCAUGUGGACUGGAUAUGCAGGUGAUGCUGUGGAACCUUCAGAAAGCACGGCCACUCUGGAUUACAAAUUUGCAGGAAGAUGAAACAGAAGAGAUGGAAAGCCCACAAUCACCUGGUCAGCUUUUAAACCCUGCUUUAGCCCACUCUGUGUCUGUAGCAUCAUGUGGCAAUAUUUUUAGCUGUGGUGCAGAAGAUGGUAAGGUUCGAAUCUUUAGGGUGGUGGGAGUUAAGUGUGAACAAGAACUGGGAUUUAAGGGCCACACUUUGGGAGUAUCCCAGGUCUGCUUUCUGCCAGAAUCCUAUAUGCUGCUUACUGGAGGGAAUGAUGGGAAGAUAAUGUUGUGGGAUGUAAGCAGUGAAGUUGAAAAAAAACAGAAGAGCCCUACGAAACAUACCCACAGGAAGAAAACUAAAAAAGCAGCUUAUACAAAGCAGGGUAGAAAUACUCAUGCUCUAGUAACAGAUGAAGAAGAACAUGGCAAAAUUUUACCAAAACUAAGUGUUGAACAUGGAGAAAAGGUGAACUGGCUGUUGAGUACAAAAAUAAAGGGAUACCAAAAUAUAUUAGUAGCUGAUCAAACUAGUUGUGUAUCUGUAUAUCCCUUAAAAGCAUUUUAAAUCCAAUAAAAAAUUUGAAAAACUGCA